AUGUUUUUAUCUCUUGUUGUAUCACAAUUAGUUUUGUUAGUCAAAAUUGUUUCAGCCUUAGAUGUUGGCUCCAGUAGCAAUGUCGCUGUUUAUUGGGGACAAAACUCAGGUGGUUCCCAAGAAAGAUUGAGCACUUACUGUGAAUCAGAUUCUGUUGAUAUUGUUUUAUUAUCAUUUUUAAACAACUUCCCAAAUGAUUUUAACUUAAAUUUCGCUAACCAAUGUGGUAUGACUUUUGAAGAUGGUGUUUUACAUUGCUCUGCCAUUGGUGAAGAUAUUAAGACUUGUCAAGCUGCUGGAAAAACAGUCUUGUUAUCCUUAGGUGGUGGUGUUGGAAACUAUGGCUUCACAUCGGACGCCGAAGCAGUCGACUUUGCUUCCACAUUAUGGAACAAGUUUGGUGCCGGUACCAAUGACGAUGAAAGACCAUUCGAUGAUGCAGUUGUUGAUGGUUUUGAUUUUGAUAUUGAGAAUAACAACCAAGUUGGAUAUGUUGCUUUGGCCAAUGAAUUAAGAACCUUAUUUAACCAAGAUUCUUCAAAGUCAUACUAUUUAUCUGCUUCUCCACAAUGUCCUUACCCUGAUCAAUCAGUCGGUGAUUUAUUGAGUAACGCAAACCUUGAUUUCGCAUUUAUUCAAUUUUACAAUAACUAUUGUUCUUUAGACCAAUCUGAAUUCAACUGGAACACAUGGUCAGAUUUUGCUAAGUCUGCUCCUAAUGACAACAUUAAAUUAUUUGUUGGAUUACCUGGUGCUCCUGCGUCCGGAAGUGGAUAUGUUGAUGCUGAAACCGUUGCUAGCACUAUUGAUGACAUUAAAUGUGAUCAAGCCUUAGGUGGUAUCUCUUUGUGGGAUGCAUCUUCCGCAUUUGCUAAUGUUAAUGCUGAUGAUGUUAACUACAUUGAACAAGUAGCAAACAUUUUAAAUUCUGAAACAUGCAGUUCAACAAGUUCAAGUAGUGUUGCAUCAUCUCUGACUAUACAAGCUAGUUCUUCUUCAACCUCAAGUGAUAUUACAGCAAGCACAAGUUCUUCUAUCGGUAUCACUGUUUCCCCAAGUGCUCUGAGUCUCGUUUCAACUUUACCUCACUACGCAAAUGGUUCUGCUAUAACAGGUUCUUCUGACGAAAAAAGUAUUGCCACUGUAACUGGUGUUCAAACAACUAUAAUUACCGUUACAAGUUGUUCUGAAAACCAUUGCUCAAUGGUUCCAGUUGAAACUGGGGUUACUGUUGUCACUGAAGGUACUACUUCAUAUACCACUUACUGCCCAUUAGACAACACCCCAAGCACCGAAACAGUUUCUGACGUGGCUACAACUGUUAUUACAAUUACUUCUUGUCAAGACAACAAAUGUGACUUAGCUACUGUGACUACUGGCCUUACAGUUGUAACUGAAUUGGACACUGUUUACACUACCUACUGCCCAUUGACUACCGAAAGUAUUGCGCCAAGCACUUCAACUGGUUCUGGUUCUAUUGCACCAAUCACUGCAAUUAUCCCUUCUGUUGCACAAAGUAACAAGACUGUUGCAUAUUCUAGUGUUCACCCAACUUCCCAAAACCAAACUGUAGCUGCCAUUGAGACUUAUGCCGAAGGAAUGGGUAGUUUAGUCACUGGUAGCUGGACCUUAGCAAUUGCUGCUAUUAUUGCUUCUUUGUUAUAG